UAUAAAACCGUAACCAAAAACAUACGUAUAUAUAUAAAUCAACAUAGUAAUAAAAUAAGUAACGUGCUAUUUUGAUAUAAAUAUAUCCAUGCGGUGAUGUGGCACUAUAGGCGGGCCUCGCAGGAGGUGGAUACAGAAAAGGAGGAGACCUAAUUCGGCCUGUCCUGCCUACAUUCCCCGGAGGCCUUGUCCGGACCCUGGUUCGUGGUUGUAUCUCUCCCCAAUCUCUGUUUACCGAUUUCUUUGGCCAGAAGGCCUUUACAAGAUCUCCGGCUUUCCUUGAUAGCAGCCCGUCAAGAUGGACGCGAUGUGGCUGCUCUCGGGGACCUGUAUAAUAUUUACUCUCGGCAUGUUCUCCAGUGGCCUGUCUGAUCUGCGUUUUAUGGUUUCCAAGAAGAGCGUGGACAAUAUUCAGUUCCUACCUUUCUUAACCACAGGACUUAAUAACCUUGGCUGGCUGUAUUAUGGGUAUCUGAAGGUGGAUGUGACCCUUAUUAUUGUCAAUUCAAUUGGCGCCUCCCUGCAGACACUAUAUAUCAUCGCAUACAUAUUCUACACUGUUGAAAAGCGCUACUUUGUGUACCAGGUCUUAAUUUCUUUGGCAGUCCUGUUUUUGGGAUACAGCUACUUCUACUUUCAGAUCGAUGACUAUGAGAUUCGCCUUAACCAGCUUGGCCUGUUUUGCAGUGUAUUCACCAUAUCCAUGUACCUUUCACCAUUGGCUGAUCUGGCGCAGAUCAUCAGGACUAAAUCCACUAAGUGCCUGUCUUUUCCUCUCACUGUGGCCACCUUCCUUACAUCCACUUCCUGGGUGCUGUAUGGCUGGCAGCUCAAUGACCUCUACAUUAUGGUUCCAAACCUCCCUGGAAUUGUUACCAGCCUGAUAAGAUUUUGGCUCUUUUGGAGCUACUCAACAGAUCAGCCCAACUACCGUUACCUGCCGGCCUAAUUUCCCUUCCUGACAGGGCAUAAACACAAGAGGCGAUGGGUGGAUGCAAAGUGCCUUAAUAUGAGACUGUUCCUCGUUCACCACUCUGUUAUUGUGUUUCAUUGCCAAUCAUAUUUAUUUAUAUAUUCUCCUUGAUGGAGGACUUCAGUUGGGGAUAAAAUUAUGGUGGUUGGAUUUUCAAUACUGCUCUAUAACUGUGCCUGAUAAUCCUAACUGUGAAGAGCUAUCCCAGAAUAGGAGAUAGGACAUUGGCAACAAAGGCAAAUAGGUAUGGUUUCCUAAUAAGUCACUGAUGACCAUGCUGUUCAUUACUAGACCACCAGCACUCAAGAUGUUAAAUGAGAUUGCGCUGUACACAAUAAAGUCUGCACACUAGCUAUAAAGAGAUUGAGGUUAUGGGCAGUGGGAGAUUAGCGAUGCAUUAUUUCUGCUCUAUGCACAUACAACUUUCAGCUGACGCAGCGGCCUUCAUUGUGACCCUGAUCAGGGCUUAGUCAGGACAGCUACACAAACAGUGGGGCCCUGAAGAAGCAGACCAGAGCUUUCAGAGGGAAAUCAGCUUGUAUAGAAAUAUGUACUGAGAUGCCCUUUACUCAGGUGUUUAUAGUACAGUACUUAGGUAAACUUGGGACCCUGAAGGAAAUCUUCACAACUUAAAAGUAUAAAAAACAUAUUACUUGUACAGCAUAGCAGCAAUUUAUUUUGAUUAUUUGCAGUUGUUUAGUUAUACUCUGUACAGUGACAUUGACUCCAUUGCUGGCAGUGGUGUUAGUGAAACAAACAGGGGAGACUAUUGUUUACAAUGUUGGAAUUAUGUUUUACUUAUGGUUGGUGAACAACUUUGUCCCCUUAAAAUGAAGUUAAAAAGCAUCAGAAGGCUGUGUCUGGGACAUUGAACCCUUCUACAUUAGGCAAAGGGUGCAGUUGUCGCUUCCCAUUCUUGGGGUGUAAGUCCUCUCAUUUAUACGCAUAAAACAUCAGUAAUAUGUACAGCAUGACACUUUAAAUGCAUCAUAGGACAGUGGAGGUUUCUAACUCUUUACCUAGUGGAGGCCAGAGCAUUAAGAAAGCUAGGAUACAGGGAAGCUGUAAAUCAAUAUGCUGGUCUUUAUGCCAAAGACAUAUUUUUUUUAAAUAUAAUUACUUUCAUUAAUAAAAUAACUGAAUGCUGUUCAGGACAAGCCAUAAAAUACGGUAUUGGUUUAUAUGGUGCAUAAUUAUGCUGCUUAAGACAGUGGAUAUUAGGCAGGAGUGCCCUAUAUCUGUUAGAAAUGUGCCUUAAUUCUGUGGGUUUUGGGAAACGUAAUUUAUAUAUAAAAAUUUAAGUGCCUGAUCUUUUAUACAAAUAUUGUAUUAAAGUUAAAUUGUCACUGAACAAA